ACUUGAGUGAGAUCGUUUAUACCAGGGCAAUAAAGUAGGGCUUACAUAUUGGGCCGAGUGAAGAGCCGUCUCUGUGUUUUAUUUUUAUUCCUAAAUACCGCGUAGAGCGAAAAAGUUUUACAAUCUUAGGAUGAAUAUGAGGUUCUUUAUACGAAUAUGACGAGCGGCUGUCGUAAAUCAACUGACAUUUAGUAUUUCCGCGGUAAAUCGUGCCGAUAAUCAUUGACUGUACGAAUAUUUGCCUGCAAUAUUUCACCGCAUGAAUUCGGUCUUAAUAUUUAUGCAUAAACUCAGCACGUUGAAUCGAUGAUUCGGAAGAGUAAGUUAAUUUCACGGGCGAUUUAUCUUUCUGUCAGCAAAUUAUCGCCGUUGUUGAACGCGACUUUUUUUUCUUUCGUCAAUAAAACUUACGACGUGAGUCAUCGGUAACGAUACCACUGAUUGGUAUUCUGGUUUCAGUUUAUUACAUUCGUCCUGGCGCAACGAGCCGAAUAAUUUUUUUAUUUACCAAAACGAUCGAUCAUAUGAUUUUUCGCGGUGUAGAUCCUCCAUUCCGGAACUGAUUGAUCACGCUGCCGGGGGUCGGGGGUGAAAUAUUUUUGAAGUGGUGUAUUGGCGUGGAUAAAUUGCGAAGCUGAUCUUCAACGUGAACACAACAAGGCACGUAGUUUCACGGUUCUGGAAGAUAACUUUGGAUAAUCGAUAGCCCAGCCGUGCCAUGGCAACGAAUAUUGUUAGGAGAGUGAGGUCAGUUUCAGAAUGCUGCCCCUUUACUCUACCGCGUAACUCGGUCGUAAAUGACAAGAGGUUCCGGGCUUGUGACGAAAAGAAUAACGUAAAAUGGGUAACACCGAGAGCAAUGUUACGAGUGGCGUGAAGAAACAGACGGACACAUCGUCAAUCUUGCUGUACAAGUUGGUAGAUUUGAAAGGCGGAGGUCUACUCGUUGACAUGAUGAAGAGAGCUGCUCAGACGAAACAAUUUGCCGAGCUUGACCACGCGAUGAGGACCAAAGUUGAGCCCUUUUUGUACAACAAGGGCAGAGGGAAGUGGAUACCGAUCAGCAAACUGGUACUCUUGCGGAACAAGGAACGACCUAGACAUAAAAUGUUACCAGUACUGAGAGCCAUGGAAAAUCCGGGUGAAUACGACAUCGACAAAGACCUUGGCGACGAGGAGAUCGACGAGGACAAAAUAGAUAAAAGCAAGUACAGAGAAGUCUGUUGGUCUUUGAGCGAAAGAGGCGCGGUUGGAGAGACCAUUCUGCAUCUCUGCAUGUUAAAUGCAACGGCGAUUCACGCCGACUUGGCCAAACGUCUGUUGAGGUUCUAUCCAAAGCUGAUAAACGACAUUUACAUCAGCGAUGAGUACUAUGGUGAAAACGUAUUGCACAUCGCAAUCGUGAACGAGGAUCCUGCGAUGGUGAAAUUCUUACUGGACAGUGGAGCAGACGUCCACGAGAGAUGUUUUGGGAAUUUCAUGUGCCCCGAGGAUCAGAAAGCGUCAAGAGCCGACAGCGUGGAGCAUGAAUGGGUUUGCGUUGCGCCGGAAACGAAUUACAAAGGUUACGUAUACUGGGGAGAGUAUCCGCUGAGUUUUGCCGCCUGCCUGGGCCAGGAAGAAUGUUAUCGUUUGAUGCUCGCACGUGGUGCUGAUCCCGACAAGCAGGACACAAACGGCAACACGGUUCUACACAUGUUGGUCAUUUAUCAAAAGCUUGCAACCUUUGAUAUGGCCUACGAAGUGGGAGCCUCACUAGCGAUCAGAAACGUUCAAUUUUUGACACCGUUGACUCUGGCUGCAAAAUUGGCGCGCAUCGAGAUGUUUUUCCACAUUUUAAACAUCGAACGGGAGAUAUAUUGGCAAAUCGGCAGCAUUACUUGCGCAGCUUAUCCUUUAUCGUUGAUCGAUACCAUAGACAUUGCCACUGGUAGGAUUAGCAACAAUUCUGCGCUAAAUUUGGUCGUCUUUGGUGACAAAGAUGAACAUUUGGAGCUGAUGGACGGCGUGCUGGUGGAUCUUUUAAAUGCAAAGUGGAACACGUUUGUCAAAUCAAGGUUCUAUCGGCAGUACUUCUUGUUCUGUUUCUACUUUUUAAUUUCCUUGGUGAGCUUCACCCUCAGACCAGGACCAGUGACCAAAGCGACGCCCACGUCGAGUCCGCUGUCACUGUCAACGGUUGAGGAAAUUUCGAAGCUGGCUAAAAAUUUGACGACAUCUCUUGCCUCGAACAUAACAUCGCUAGUGAGCAUAUCACCGGGCGCAGUGAACUGGCUGAGUUCUCAAAUAGCAUUGAACAUCACCUCGUCACUGGAAGAGAUUCUCGUCGCAUUGCUGCUCAGAGGACUUUCAUCAACGGAAUCAACCGUGACCGAGAUCAGUUCCCGUUCGGAUGAAAAUUUCACAACUGUUGGCGAAAAUGUGACCACUGGAUUUGACUACCUGUCUACAGCCGUCUACAGCAUUUUGAGUGAAAACACGACUUUCUUCGGUUUAAACUGGACGAUCUCAGCUUCGGACGUUGAGAACGAAGACAGCUGGUGGAACGUAUUGACGACCGAAUGCAGGCUGAUGGACGUGACGGGAAGUACUGCGAAGGUCCGACUGGUUGCCGAAAUUCUGAUGGAGCUCGGGGCGAUUUUAUACAUAGCGGCAGCGCUACGAGAGGCGAGAUUUCUCGGGCUUAAUAUGUUUAUAGAAAACCUGAUGACCGCACCGUCCCGGGUCAUGUUCCUAUUCGCGUGCGCCAUUCUGCUCUCUUUUCCAAUUUUGAGGCUGACUUGUGCCGACGAGGUUGAAGACAUGCUGGCUGUUGUCGUGAUGCUGACCCUGGCACCGUACUUCUUGUUCUUCUGCAGAGGCUUCAAGACCGUCGGUCCCUUCGUCGUCAUGAUAUACAGAAUGAUCAUGGGUGACCUUUUGAGAUUCGUAUCGAUAUACAUGGUCUUCGUUAUGGGAUUUUCGCAAGCUUAUUAUAUAAUCUUUCUUUCCUUCAACAAAAAUGGUACGGAACCUGACAAUCCUGUACCUUCUCCGAUGGAAAGUAUAAUGGCCAUGUUUCUGAUGAGCAUGACCAAUUUCGGAGAUUAUUACGGUGCUUUUGAGAACACUCACCAUAAAACAGAAGCUAAGUGUCUUUUCGUCGUGUACAUGGCCAUUGUAGCGAUCUUAUUGGUCAACAUGUUAAUCGCCAUGAUGGGCAACACUUACCAAAAAAUCGCUGAGACCCGGAAUGAGUGGCAAAGGCAGUGGGCCAGAAUAGUUUUGGUCGUUGAGAGAGGCGUGAGUCCCACCGAAAGACUGAAAAAAUUAAUGGACUAUUCCCAACCGAUGUCCGAUGGACGAAGAGCUCUGGUUCUCAGAUUGAACCAAUCCGAGGCAGACAAGGAAGAGAUGAAGGAAAUAUUGGAGAUGAAGAGGGUACACGACAGGUUGGUAAAGAAACGCAAGGAACAGAUCCACCAGAACGAAAUGAAAAAAUCUUCUACUCAAGCGAAUUCUGUGCUUGUAAAAGACUUGCACAUGAACGACAGUGUGGCGUGACAUAGUUCGUUAGUCAUGCACUGGCGACUGAAUUUGGCACAACGUAGGAAGUGUGACAAUAAAAUGACACGCACGUAAUACAACUUCGAAUUUUUCGAAUGUUUAACAGACAUUGCACACCUUGUUCAACGUUCAUGCGUUUACUUAAAUUACUUUCAAAAAAUAUACAUU